UGUAAUAUCUAGCAUUACUAGACGAGUAAUAUUCAAACUUUCCUGCCAAAAAAAUCACGGGGCUAAACUCAGGCCGCUAAAGAUAAAUUCUGAGAAGAAAGUAACCAAUGCUAUCUGAGCAUCUACUAAGCUGGCCAGUUCGCUUACUCGAGUAACAAAGCUUAACACAAAAGCAAACGCUGUAAUAUAGUAGUUAACAAUUGCUGCUUUCCGUGACUUAUCGUACUGGUAAACGAACAAGUGAAAACAAACUCAUAUAUGACGUAAACAGCUGUGUAUAGAAAUAUCACAAAAUGAAAAAUGUUAUGAUGCAAUAAAACACCAAAGGAAACGAACACAUAUUUUUAAGAGAGCAAUGCUAUACUACUCCACAUUUUACGUACACACCCAGCAGUAAUGGAUGCCACAGGAAUAUCACUCUCCACUCCAAAAUGGAAAGAGAAGCAGUAGAAUAGGCCCUAUGGUUUCUUUUUUACAAUGGGGGAACAAAGUUCCUGAUGCACGCACACUAUCGGACUGUUUAACUUAGUACACCAGAUGUGGAAUGACUUCCUUUCUGGCAGAACAUAGUUAGAAAAACCUAGUAGUCAUUCUGGAAAUUUAUCCUUUCAGCUGUGAAGUAAUGUCGCGAUUCAUUACUGUAUAUACAUUACUGAGGACUUUUAACUUAUAAUUAUGGAUAAGAUUCUGGAGGGACUUAUCACGUCUUCUUAUCCUUUGAAUGUGAAAAGAGCAGUUGUGAAGAGAGUAGUAGAAUCUGCUGAAAACUCUGUCAGUGAUGAGGAUUGCAAGGCAAUAUUCAAUCUCACCGCCCGGUUUAUUUUAACAGGGAGUGACAAUUUCCAAAAGCAGGUUGGCUAUCAGGUGUUGGAAGCGUAUGCUAGAUAUCAUCGCCCUGAAUUCGAGAACUUUUUCAAUAAAGACUUUGUUUUGAGCUUGUUACAACAGGGCUAUGGUUCAGUUGACAGGAAAGAUGUCGCCAUCAUCGACUACAUCCACAAUGGAUUGAAGUUAAUAAUGAGCUGCCCUUCUGUUUUGGGAAUAUUUGAAGUCUUGCAACUUGAAAUUUUGAGGGUUGUGUGCGAGAGACCUGGUCCGCACCUUACUGCCAGGUUGAGUGAGUUGAUGUCUGACUUUGUGCAAUGUGUUCCUAAAGGGAAAUCUGGGGUCGCUUUCUGCCAACAGCUGGUGAGGACUAUUAGUCACUUCCAGUGUAACUCUACACAAGAGAAAGAACUUCGAGAAUAUGUAGCCCAGGUUAACAAAGUUAGCAGUUUGCUUCAGGAUGUUUGGAACAUUGAAAGUUCUAAAUUGUUGCCUUCCCUGCAGGAAGUGUUCGCUAUCAUUUCUUCUACAGAUCCUUCAUUUGAACCUUCUAUCGCCCUGGCAAGCCUGGUACAGCAUAUUCCCUUGCAGAUGAUUUCGGUUGUCAUCAGGAGCCUCACCACAGAUCAGAAUGUGAAAGAUGUCAGCAUGACAAGAGCACUCUGCAGAAUGAUUGACUGGUUGUCCUGGCCCUUGGCUCAGCGUGUGGACACAUGGGUGAAUGCACUCUUGAAAGGACUAGCAGCAGUUCAGAAGUUCACCAUCUUGAUAGAUGUCACUCUCUUGAAAAUCAAUUUGGUUUUUAAUCGCUUGUGGUUUCCUCUGGUCCGAAAUGGUGCUCUGGCUGUUCUUUCCCACAUGCUUCUUAGUUUUCAGCAUUCUCCAGAAGCAUUCCAUUUGAUUGUGCCCCAUAUUGUUAGCCUGAUCCAGUUUCUGAGGAGUGAAGAUUCACCAGCUAGCCAUGUCUUCCUGUUGCAGUUUAGUGAGCUUGUGCAUUGUAUGAUGUACCAGUUUUCUGGAUUCCCUGAACUCUACGAAUCCAUUUUGGAGGCUAUUAAGGACAUACCAAAACCCUCUGAACGGAACAUUAAAAUAAUUCUGAAUCAAAGUGCCUGGACAUCCCAAGCUAACUCAUUGGCAUCUUGUCUCUCAAGACUUUCUGGGAAGUCAGAAACGGGAAAAACUGGUCUAAUCAAUUUAGGAAACACCUGUUACAUGAACAGCAUUUUACAGGCACUGUAUAUGGCUACAGAUUUUAGAAGAGCUGUUUUAUCUCUGAAUUUGAAUGGUUCACUUGUGUUAAUGAAAAAACUUCAACAUUUGUUUGCAUUUCUGGCUCACACUCAGAGAGCAGCGUAUGCACCACAUAUAUUCUUUGAAGCAUCUAGGCCACCGUGGUUCACUCCUAGGUCUCAGCAAGACUGUUCUGAAUACCUCAGAUAUCUGUUAGACAGAUUGCAUGAAGAAGAGAAGUCCUUCAAAGCUCUCACUUCCAAGAUGGAUUCUGAUAAUAUUACUACUGAUGAGCCAUGUGCACCAUUAUCAGAAACACUUAUUGGUCAGAUGGAACUCAGUUCAGAAGCACCUUGUAAGAGAAGCGUCAAUGGAAAAACACUAAUUGAAAAAAUGUUUGGUGGGAAACUGCAGACUAGGAUCUGUUGCUUAAAUUGUGCAAGCAAUUCAUAUAAGGAGGAAGUUUUUACAGACCUUUCACUAGCUUUCUGUCCUUGUUCCAGUAAUGUCUUUGUCAAGCCAACUUCAUCUUCUAUUAAGGACGAAAACAAAUGUACUGUCCACAUAAGCACUAAAGAAAAAAGAGUUUGCACUAAAACACAUGCACAUCUUACACAUAGCAAUCAAGUACAAGAGGCAGAUUGCAAAACAGAAGCUGUGGAAGGAAUCCUUCAAGAGUUGCCUUCUGAAUCCAGUUGUUUGCAUACCUCAGAAAUAAGUAAUCAUCAUUUGGUUCCUGGCAGUAACUCUGUGAUGGAGACAUCUGAAGAUAGAAGGGCAUUGUCUGUUACUGACCUAAUAGACUACUUUUUAGCACCGGAGAUUCUUGAUGGAGAUAAUAGAUACUACUGUGAAAACUGCGCAUCACUGCAAAUUGCAGAAAAGACUAUGGAGAUCAUUGAAGAGCCAGAAUACCUAAUACUCACUCUUUUGAGGUUUUCAUAUGAUCCCAACUCCCAUGUGAGGCAUAAAAUUCUUGACAAUGUGUCCAUUCCUCAAGUUCUGCAACUUCCAAUCCAUAAGUUAUCAGCUACCUUGCUAGAUGUCAUGCCUGAUGGCCAUUCCUCAGACCAUGACACUUCAGGAAGUGAUGGGAAUCAUGCAAAGAAACUGAAACACUCCGAAGAAGGGAAUUGCAUUUUUCAAGUACCAUAUAUUCUCUGCUCAGUUGUUGUACAUUCUGGUAUGUCUUCAGAAAGUGGACACUAUUAUUCAUAUGCUAGAAAUGUCGCCAAUUCUAGCUCCUUAAACCACCUGUGUCCUUCUGAUGAAGCUCACACUUCAUCUCAUUCCCAAGACAUGCAAUUGAGUCGGGGCACAGCAAAUUCGGUGGUCAUGCAGGACCUAAGUGAAAUGACAAAGGAGUGGUUUCUUUUCAAUGAUAGCAGAGUGACUUUCACUUCAUUUCAGUCUGUACAGAAUAUCACAAAUAGGUUUCCCAAAGAUACAGCAUAUGUAUUGUUUUAUAAAAAACAAGAUAACUACAGCAGCUUCAGUGCAAGGUCAGCAAACACACUAUGGGUAAAUGGAGACCCCCCUCUGCAGAAAGAACUAAUGGAUGCAAUCACAAGUGACAACAAACUGUAUUUACAGGAACAGGAACUUAAUGCUCGUACACGAGCUUUACAAGCAGCAUCAACCUCAUGCUCAUUUCGACCAAAUGGAUUUGAUGAUAGUGACCCUCCUGGGAGUUGUGGACCAGCCGGCGGUGGAGGAGGUGGUGGAUUCAGUACCAUCAGUAGACUUGUUUUUUGACUUAUGGACAACAUUGCUGAGUUUGCACUGCAUAGUUUAAAAUAGCAUUAUGCUGCUUUUUUAACAGUCUUUUUUGUUUGAAGUCACAUGAUAUUUUAACAGUUAAGAAGAUACACUUAACAUGAUUUAGCUGUUUUAAUUUAUUACUACAAAGACUAUUAUACCAAGUACAUUGUGGAAAAUGUCUACCUCUUCAAAACACACUUCCAUAUGUAUGACUGGGAAAGACUUUCCUGAAAUGCCAUAGUAGUCAUAUGCGGGUAAUAAGUUGCACUGCAGUGGAAUAAUAAUAUUAAAUAUUUCAGUAGCCCUAAGAAGUAUCGCAUUUAAGCUUUUUCAUUUUGACUGUGUUUGUGACUUUUUUUGCGAGAAGAGGAAAAAGAAGAGGGAUGUUUUCAAGUAAUAAAAUUUCUCAUCUAAUAAUAGAAAAUAAAAUAAUAACAUAAAACUCUGUAUAGUAACAUUUAGCUAAAUAAAAUAUAAGUUCUGACUUUUGAGGCCUUCUGUAAUGGGUAGCUAUUGAGGUUUCCGAUUUCCUGUUUUGAAAUCCCCAGCUUGACUUGUUUCUGUUUUUUUUAUCAUGUCCGUAGUUGGGGAAGUGCAUAAUUUCUACCAGUGUAUGUUGUUGAUGUCAUAUGUUAUGUUGGAAGUGUGCUGUCGUACCCUGUAUGACUGUGCUGAUUUCGUCUGCUCACAAAGAUUAGAGAUUAGAUACCUUGUAUGACUGUGCUGUUUUCGUCUGCUCACACAGAUUAGAGAUUAGAUUAGAUUAAAGAUUGAUCCUUAAGUUCAGCAUAAAAAGUGCCUGUUUUUGUUGUCAAAGUGCUAAAACCUUUGAGCAUUUCUGUGGUCUCCAGAUAACAAGAUGGUACCCACACAGUCACUGUCUUUGCCUUUUAAUGAGAGCAUGACAGGAAUCAUACUUUUUAAGUGCCAGCACUUCUGCCUUGCCACCAUAUAAAAAAAGAAGAAUUUGAAGGCCUACCUUAAGUCUCUUAAUAUGGUGGUUGAGGAGGAUGCUUAGCUCAGGGAUGGGCAGGAGGGUUCCAUUCACAUUCCCAGACUGCUGGAGCACUGGGCAAAAGUAAGGGAGUAAAAAGCCAGACAUCAGUCACAAAUUGCUCCUAAUAAAUUUGUCCAUGAGACAGUUUGUGUACAACUUGCAAGUUAUGAAAUUCCUUUCAGCUUGUAAUAAUCAAGCUUAUACCUUUCAAAGGUCUGAAGGGAGAGGUGAACCUCCAUAGCUCCCUUAGAAGUUUCAAAGUGUCCAUACCAGCUGUCCCACAUUCGUGUCCAGGGCUGGCUUAGCGGUUAUCUUUAGGUACUCAGGACUAAAGUGUUAUUAUUUUUUAUAACCACCCCAACCUCUCCCUCCUGAGUCAAACAAGAAUCAAUGGCCAGGGUAGAGAAGACUCAAGCAGGUCUUCCUGGUUUACUUGAGGGGUUUGCUUGGAUGCCAGAUGCAUCUCUUUUGGUUGAUGUAUUACUGUGAGAGUUGUCACUGUGAAUAUAGGAGCUUACCCAUAAGAUGCACAGCCUAUCUCUAGUAAUAGGGCUUGUGUAGGUUUCUGAAGACCAAGCUCACCUGUCACUCAUUUGUUGUGUUUAUGCAAGGUGAGUGUGGACAACUCUUCUGCAGCAGAUAGUAAGAGAAAGUUUCCUCCUUCAUCGUUACCCUGUAAAGGAGUUGGAUGGAUCAUGAUGGCCUUAUCGCAGAAACAAGCAAGGAUUGUGAGACUUCUCCUUCUUGUAGGUGCCUAGUAAAUGAUCUUUGUUUUAGUGAGUUACUUGGGUUGAAGAAGUGCACCUUGGACUGGCCUUUUUCUUCACUGCUAUUUUUUUUCACCAACUCCAAAAAAUAUCUUAAUAUCUGCACACUCUGGGCCAUCACACCCAUGGACUUUUUACUUCAGAAUACUAUUUAUACAGCCCAGAAGCAUCUGAAAUUUGCUCUGUCUACUCAGCAGAAGGCUGAUAUACUCUACAAGCCCCAGCAAAGUGGAGUGACUUCCUAAUUAGGCAUCCUGGAGCAGACAUCCAUGCAUUCUCGCCAUUCCUCAACCAUUUGUCCAAGUUCAUGCCUUUCUUAAUUGGUUAGGCAGUGGAAGAGCUAGUACAUCUUCAAGAGUCUGGCAAGAGGGAGGUUUUAGAAAAUACCCUUAAUACUGAUUUUUAUAUAGCUUUCAUGUGGGGUGCUGUAAUUUUAUCUGUGGUGAUGCUAUGGCUACGGCAGCAGGCUGUCAUAAGUGCCCUGUACCAAAUAGUGAGGCUUGGGCUAUCCUAUUUAGUCAGGACAUUUUGGUACCCUCUUCAGGAUUACAGUUGUCUUUAUUUAGGUCUUAUAGACUCUGGCUAAUUACCUUUAAAAGAUGAAAGAGGUAUUAAUUACAAGGCAAGGUCUCUCUUGACACUAUACACCUCAUUUUAUUUUUUCAUGAUCGUCCAGUUCUCCAUAGAGGAAAAAGUGCCCCCCCCCCCUUUAGAAUGAGGCAGAUGCCUUAAGCAUCAGACAGUGUUACCUCAUCAUCUGUGUUGAACAAGUCCUUGAGGAAGAUCCCUGUGCCAACCCAGCAGCUGAAGUUCUGACUGCCAUUACGAUUGUAUAUGGGCCAGUUUUCCAAGUUUGCUCUAGUUUGGACAGAUAUUAGAGGACUUUUGGAUAUUAGAUGUGAUCAAAACUGUUGUGUACUAAUUUGCAAAAGAGACGUAAACUAUAUUCUUAAAAAGAAAGGCUGUGGUUUGUCCUGCCAUCUUAUUCUUCUUCAUCAUCUUCUUCCAAAGAGGAUGUGAUGAUAUUUUUCUCAUUUGUAGUGAUUUCAAGUGAGAAAAAUUAGUGCAUCUGAUUUUGGAUGGUUUCUGUCCAGGAAGUUAUGCCUGCCCAACUGCUGUGUCUGCACCCAUUUCUCCCCAUUAGUUCAUAUGGAGGUGGGAACCAGACAUCCACAGCCAUUUGUUCCUACCCAAGAAACCUAAUCAACUCAUUUAUUCCCACUUUGUUGAGAGUUGGCUGGUAAGGAGUGGGACAGCUCUGAGAUCCUGAGGAGCGGCUUACCCAUCUAUCCAAGAAGUGACUUCAUAACUAGUAAUAGCUGCCGGUUUGGGGGGGGGGGGCAAGUGCACUUCCAUCUGGUCAGGGAGAAGAGGCAUGCAUAAUUCCAUACAAGCUUCCCCCUUUCCCCAGUUCAACAGAGCAGGCCUCUUCAUUGAUGGAGCAAGCCAACCUGGCCAUUACAGGUAAGUGAUGCACCCUGCCACCACUAGGUGUUGAAACUGCCACAGGCCUUGCAGCCUCCACCCCACACCAAGAAUGCGCCUACUAGCAUUGCCUGCUGAAGCUCAACUCAUCCUACACUGCCUGGCCUCUCAGAUACCUAUACCACUGAUGGAACACUGAUCACGUAGGCUGUCGACAAGGUUUCAUCCCAUUAAGUCAGAUUGUUGUAUUUCUUUUGGUGCAUCAGUUUCUGGAUUCCACACAGGGAGGUUCCUUUGGCCCACUGUGAAUGGUUACCGCAUUCUGUAAAAGUGUUGCCAUUUGACCUGUCCUCUUCAUCCAUUGUGUGUAUUAAAAAGUUACUUUUCGUGAAGGGAGGCCUUGCAGUUGAAGAAACUGGCUCUGGAGAUCACCAUAAACUAGGAUGAUUUCUUCAUGGCCUCUUUUCAUAGAAUUGCCUUCAUUAGGGCAGAAUUUGACACAUCUUUCAGUGCUGGUUGUUGCUGUAUUUAAGCAGGUUCCAGUAAGCUGUUGCCUUUACAGCCUAGGUAAAUAUGAACCUUCCUGUAUCUUUUUCUCGUCUUGCACCUCUGUGAGUGUGGCUGCUGCAGUGGACAGUGAGAUGUCAGUGGCCACAAAGCUACCAAAUGACACUCUUUUAGUAUCGAACUCCUGCCAGCAUUCACUGGAAUAGUGGACUUUUUCCACCAACUCUGUGCACCUUUUGGUCAUAAUACUUAACCUGUCAUAUGUCUUGAAAAUGAAUGCAUUGUUAGCUUAUUGGGAAGCUCGCCUCCAGUCCUCCCAGAUCAUGGGAGAAAUGAGUCACAGGAGAUGGGAAUCUUCAUACACUAAUCAGAGUUAUUCUUUGUUCUAAAAGCUCUGUAAAAGGAGUCAGUACCAUUGCCCUUACUACUUUGGAGUCAUUCAUCCAGGUUAUGGUGUGCUGCUUGAACUAGCCUGAUGACAUAAGCUCAUAACCCUAUCUGCAGAGAGUUGAUGCCAUUCUAGUAGUUGUUUUUACUCUAAGGAACUGCCUUAGUAACGUGACACUCAAGAGGAAGUGAAUGUGCUAGUGGACUUCCUAAGCAGCAACUGCUGUGUUCCCUUGGAGUCAAGGAUACCAACAUUUGAUCUUGUCAGGAUCUUCUGGGAGACCAUGGGAGUAGUCAGGCAUGUUUUCUUUCCUGUGGCAGAAAAUAUUCUUGUAGGUCUUCCCACCAGUUCUUUAUGUUGCACACCUUCUCAGAAAAUUCAGAGAAAAAAGGCAUCCUCCAUUCUCUGAGGUGACCAUAAGAUUUGUGGUUUCACUUUCUGAGGUCACUGAAAACACAGACAACUGUCUUAACAAAAGCUGGGGUAAUUCACCUCAGUUGAAUAAAAUCCAACUCUGCUUCAGGGCCUGCCUUAUUGCUUAACUCAGUCUCUCCCACAAGAUCUCUGGCUGGAGUCUGUGAGGUGAGUGAAGCUGCUAUUAAUUCUUCUGCACAUUGAACAUUGAUGGUAAGUCAGAGUGGUUCUCCAUCUUACCAGAGAUGUGUUCUGUACCACUUUAGUCUGUUAGUUUCUGGUGAACCUAACCUAUGUCAGAAACCUGUUUGAGUUGGAUUUUAGUUAUUCCGUGUUAAUGGUAUGUGUUUCUGCCAUUUGUGUACAUUGCAAACUUGUGAAGGGCAGAACUGUGGCUGAUCACGGACUGAUUAAGUAGUUCUUUAGUAGAAUUCUGCAUCUUUAUACAUCUUUGGAAAAAAAUCUCUUUGGAGGGCAGAGGGCCACGGCGUAGAACGUCAUGAUUUAGAGACUGUUGCUAUUCUGUUAUCCAGACUGGAUGAUUUGGUAGUUUUUGGUUCUUCUGUUUUGGAAGAUGCUUUUAUUGGUGGCCAUCAUUUCUCUAAGUUGUGGGCCCUUAUUUAUAGGGAGUCCUCUCUGACCAUCCAUAAAGAUCAGGUCCCAUUUCCUCCCAGAAAGUGAUACUGGUAUAGUCUUUAAAGCAAUUCAUUUAUCUUAGUAGUUUCCUUUUAGAGGCAGAACUCAUGAGCUAGAACAAGCAGAGCCAUUAUACCUUAGACAUGCCCUGUCUUCUUUGUAUCAGGUGAAAAGAACCUGGCAAUUGCCAAGCAAAUGCUUUCCAAGCAAGUUAUUGACUGCAAUAUGUUUUUACCAUCAGACAGCAUAGGUUCAUAGGUAGGUACUAGGCUAUCUGCCCGAAGGCAUUUAUAAGCCUAGCCGGAAUAUAUUGGCUUU